GGUUGAUGUGAAUGUAUUUGGAAGAGUAAAAAAAAAAGAAGUUAAUUUUCAUUAUUUUUCAUGAUAUUUUGUCUUGUCAACGAUCGUGGCAUUGACAGUCCGACGGCUGCCGAGAAAUGCCGCCGUCGUUUACCAAAUACCUCAAGUCCGACCGGCGAACCCUCUGCCUUCUCCGCCAUCCCCAUCUCUCCCUACGCGGGGCCCACCAAAUCCACGCCCACCUCCUCGUGUCCGGCUUCAUUUCCGACCCCUACGCCGCCGGCAAACUCGCCGCCUUCUGCGCCGUCUCCCCCCGCGGGGACCUGCGCCACGCUACCCUGCUGUUUCGCCGCCUCCCCUGCCGGUCCGCUUUCCUGUGGAACACCAUGAUCCGCGCCCACGUCGAGCGGGGCCAGGCCGGCGACGCCCUGUCGCUCUACCGCGACAUGCUCGCCGCCGGCUUCCUGCCCAACAACUACACCUUCUCCUUUCUCCUCCGUGCCUGCGUCGAUCGAGACUCCUUAUCUGACGGGCAGAAAUUCCACGCCCUGAUCGUCGAGCUCGGUUGGGAGGCGUAUGACUUCGUCCAGAAUGGGCUGCUCCACAUGUACUCUUCUUGUGGGUGCCUCCGCUCCGCUCGCAAAUUGUUCGACGGAAGUCCCGACAGAGAUGUAGUCUCCUGGACUGCCAUGCUCACUGGCUAUGCGAAACAGGGGCAGAUGGCGAAUGCCCGCGAGCUGUUCAAUCGAAUGCCUGAGAGAAAUGUGGUGUCUUGGAGUACUUUGAUCGGCAUGUAUGCUCAAUUUGGGAGAUUCAAGGAAGCCUUGGAUGUCUUCAAUGAGAUGCAAGUUUGUGGAAUUCAGCCAAAUCAAGCAGCCAUUGUCGGAGCUCUGUCGGCGUGUGGCUCUCUCGGGGCACUGGACCAGGGGAUGUGGAUUCAUGCCUUUGCGAGGAGGAACGCAAUGGAGUUGAAUCGAAUACUAGGAACCGCGCUGAUUGAUAUGUAUGCUAAAUGUGGGUGCAUCGAGAGUGCUGUGGAAGUGUUCGAGUUAAUGCUCGAGAGGGAUGUGUUUGCAUACACAGCGAUGAUCUCUGGCUUAUCGAACAAUGGAUGCAUCAAAGAGGCAUUGGGAUUGUUUAGUAGAAUGGAAGAGGAAAGAGUGAGGCCAAAUGAAGUCACUUUCAUCUGCGCCCUUAGUGCUUGUGCACGAAUAGGCUUUGUCGAUCAAGGGAGGAUGAUAUUUGAGAGCAUGGAUGGAGUCUACUAUAUCAAGCCCGGAGUCGAGCAUUACGGCUGUUUAGUAGAUCUUUUGGGUCGAGCAGGGCUUGUCGAAGAAGCAAAGAAGGUGGUGAGCGAGAUGCCCAUGGAGCCUGACUCGUAUGUUUUGGGUGCAUUGCUAAAUGCCUGUGGAAUGCAUGGUGUGACAGAACUGGGGAGGGAAACGAUCGAGGAUCUAAAGAAAUUGCGCCUUGAUCAUGGUGGCAUUCAUGUGUUGAUGUCGAACAUGUAUGCGUCGGCCGAUCAGUGGGAGAAUGUAGCAAAGGCGAGGAGGGCAAUGGAGGUGAGACAGGCAAUGAAGGUGCCUGGUUGCAGCAUGGUUGAAGUUGAUGGUGUUGCAUAUGAAUUUGUUGCUGGAGAUCGAUCCCACAAGCAGAUCAAGGAAAUUAUUUCGGCGAUAAGGGGGAUCGAUAAGCAACUUAGAUCGUUCAGUAAUGAUCCUUCAGCAAUUUAGAUUAUAAUGACAUUUUUCAAGUUAGUGAUGUCGAGAUAGGGUUUAGGGCAAUCAAUGAGUGAAGAGAUCUACAAGGGAUCAUUUAGUUACCAAAGUUCAUAAUUAACGCUGCAAUUUGCAUCAUAAUUUAAUUCCCAUCAA